AUGCUGAUGCUUCGACUCCUGGCGGUGCUCGGUGCUGUUGGUUUGGCGGUGCUUCUGAAAGGAUGCGGGUGCGAUCGUGAGAAAAUCAUGUCCUGCAUCACCACCAAAGCAACUGCGAGCUCAUCGGUGUGUGGCGAGACGGAUUACUCCAAAGUCUUCAGUGGCGACACUACUGUGGCGGCCUGUUGCCAGGCCAUCAAAGAUGUUCAAGACUGCUACUUGGACGGUUGUGAUUGCGACACGGAAUGCGCCGAACAGGACAAGGCAGCAGGCUGUACCUGGACUGGCAAGCUGCGUGACCCCAUCAGCUUCUGGGCCGGCAUCAUGGAUGGUCUGAACAAGGGCGGUGAAACCUGUGCAUCAACCGGUGUAUCUGCCAGUAGAUGCUACUGA